CGCAACCUGAUCGCGACUUUAGCGGACGAAAACGUCAUUCGUGCCAUCUUCGCGUCCGGUUGGAGUCGCCUCGUGCACCUUGAAGCUGCUCGGCCUAGCGUAGCUUAGCCUAGCUUAGCUUGCUAACAAAGAGACGGCAGAAGAAUGUCUGCCAUGUUUCUGUCUCGUCCCUCCGACGCAGAGCGGAAAAUGUGCGCGAGGGGGACGGCGGAGUACGACGAGGAACUUCGGGGCCCGAAAGAGGACGAGGGGCCAAAAGGUCAACGACCGGACGCUGCGGUCGAUCUGCGGCCUCCAACAGAUAUCACUGAAGAUCUUCGUACUGAGAAGCAGGGUCCAGAGCCCCCUCGCAUUAAAGAGGAAGUGGAGGACAAAGAGGUCCACCACAUCAAAGAGGAAGAGGAGCCCAUUUCGAUUAAAAAAGAGGAGGAAGAAACAUGGGCCCACAUCAAAAAGGAAGAGGAGGAGAUCGCCACCAAGUGUCCAUCGACUGGUGUCCCUUUGAAGAGUGAAGCUGCAGGUCACAGUGAGGAGACCAGAGGGGCGGAGCCUCCGAGCACCAGCUCAAGUCAACCCAUGACAACAGAAGGUGAUGGAGACCACUGUGGAGGAUCACCAGCAGACGGACUCUUAGCUCCGCUGUCAGAUAGUGACGACGCGACGUCACGCUCUCCUCACACCGAUGAUGAUGGUCACACCGAAAACAAACGGUGGAAAUGUUCUCAGUGUGGGAAAACACUUGCCAACAAGAGCAUUUUGAAGCAACACGUGAGAACGCACACUGGAGAAAAACGGUUUUCCUGCUCAGUUUGCGGCAAAAGAUUCACUCAGAAAGGAAGUUUAAAAAAGCACACAAUAACCCACACCGGUGAGAAACCGUUUUCCUGUUCAGUUUGCGGUCAAAGAUUCAAUCAGAAGGGAAACUUAAAAAAACACACACGAACCCACAGUGGUGAGAAACCUUUUUCCUGCGACGUUUGUGGUCAAAGAUUCUCUGUCAAGGGAAAAUUAGAAAUACACACGAGAACACACACCGGUGAGAAACCUUUUUCCUGCUCAGUUUGUGGUCAAAGAUUCUCUGUCAAGGGAAACCUAAGAAGUCACACGAGAACCCACACUGGAGAGAAACCUUUUUCUUGCACAGUUUGUGGCCAAAGAUUCUCUGAAAAGGGAAGUUUAAAAAUACACACAAGAACCCACACUGGUGAGAAACCUUUUUCCUGCACAGUUUGUGGCCAAAGAUUCUCUGUGAGGGGACACUUGACAAGACACACAAAAACCCACACUGGUGAGAAACCGUUUUCCUGCUCAGUUUGUGAUCAAAGAUUCACUCAGAAAGGAAACCUAAGAUGUCACGCAAGAAGACACACUGGUGAGAAACCGUUUUCCUGCUCAGAUUGUGGCCUAAGAUUCUCUGAAAAGGGAAACUUAACAAAACACACAAGAACCCACACUGGUGAGAAACCGUUUUCCUGCGCCGUUUGUGGCCAAAGCUUCUCUGAAAAGGGAAGUUUGACAACGCACACAAGAACGCACACUGGUGAGAAACCGUUUUCCUGCGCCGUUUGUGCUCAACGAUUUUAUGAAAAGGGACACUUGAUAAGACACCGAAAAACCCACAGUGGUGAGAAACCGUUUUCCUGCGCCGUUUGUGGUCAAAGAUUCUCUGAAAAGGGAAAUUUAAUAACGCACACAAGAACGCACACUGGUGAGAAACACUUUUCCUGCGCAGUUUGUGGCCAGAGAUUCUCUUAUAAGUAUCAGGUUCAGACACACAAGUGUGCCGGUGAGAAUAGCAGCGAUCCUGAUGCUUUGAAUGAAAAUGCAAAUGUUUCAUCUCAAAAGUAAUUCCUAGUAGUUACUGACUUACAAAAAGGUGGAGUUUGGUCAGGAUUAUUCUGUAAAUCGACAGGGACUGGAGACAAAGGACACAACCUGAAUCGGGACUUCUCUUUUGCAAAAGGGGGAAGCCGUCGCUCUCUCAGCGCUCCAAAGUCUCCCGACGUCGCCUUCCCCUUUGCUCCUUUUAGAACAGAUGGUCAGCCAUCGGGCCUGAGUCGUUAAUCUUUUUAAAUGUAAACAUUGUACCACAUCCUCAGAAUCAGAAUCAUCUUUAUUUGCCAGGGACAAGGAAUUUGUCUCCGGUAGUUGGAGCCGCUUUAGUAUGACAACAAGACAGUCAAUUGACAGAGAACACUUUGGAGACAGAAAGACAUUGACAAAAACAAAAACAGUCACUGAUCAGCAAAGGGUUGCUAGUUAUCUGGUAAGAUGCAGAGUCCUCGAGCACUUAGAGCAGUUCGAAAGACUAAUAUUGCAACAGUCCGGUGCAAUGAGCGUUGCGCAAAGGGCGCCGAGACUUCAAGCGAGGAGUGCGGUCAUCUGGGACAUUGUCGAUUGUGCAAAUGUUGCCGAAUUUGAAGUAAAGUCUAAUUUUUCCAGCUAUGAGCUCUAGUCAUUCUUCCUUUUAGAGCAUAAAAUCAACUAGACGUGGACGUCGAGUAGUUCAGUCACACUAUUUCAGUUCUUGUAUGCCUUUGCCACAGUAAUAGCAUCUGGGCGAUUUGCUGUAACAAUUUCAAACCCAUUUUGAAAACACAUCAAUCAGAACUCGGCAAUAUUUGUCUUGCCCUACUUUAUUCAAUUCAAUAAAAUCCAUAUGCACCACUUGAAAAGGAGCCAUACUUCGGGGCGACAACGUCGUUAGCUUGCUAACUGCACGCCGGAGUGGUAAAUGGGCCUUGUUACGGAACAUAAGCACAGCUAACUCACAACUGAGCAGCACAGCCAAACAAAACGACGUCACUUUGUGCCACGAGAGCUGCUCGUCAAGUGGCGGCGGCGUCGCCCGGCCACGGCCCCACAUCCUGCGGCUCUGCCUCCAUCCACGUCUCCUGGGGUUGAGAGCAGGUCCGUCUCUUGGUGUCAUGAUCGGGUGCAGGUCGAGGAACAGGGUUGAAGGCCUUGUCUGAGGAGACGGGGUGGAAAAACAGGGAGAAACACAAAUCAACCAACAAGACCACAUUUGUUUGAGAGGGCAAUUUGUAAUGAUGAUUGGAAGCAGCAAUGUUGGUGUAACGCAGCGAGGGACACACACCUGGAACGGCCUCGGGCGGUUGCGCCCGGGGGAGGCUGCAGUUGCUGGUGCAUGACACAAACAGGUCCAUUUAAAAAAAUCUAUGUCGAAAUAAAAUGUUAUUCAACACCAAUCACAUCUGACACUGUCACAUUUAAACUUAAAUGAACACACAAAUGUAAUGUCCGUGUUUUUUCUCAGUGCCUUUUAUACCAAAUAAAGCAAGAAAAACGUCGA